AUGUUUGUGGUCAUUUUUACAUUCAUUUUACUAUUUCUCACAUUUGUCUCAGCAUUAUUCUGCCCAACAGUUAUCUGUCGAGAGCAUAUGAUGGAUCAAUGCAUCCAAAUAGUUGAAGAUCUUGUUAUUUACACACCGUGUCCAGACUCAAGCUAUUGUCCUGACUUUAAUCUCUACAACCUAACAUCUCAGCAAUGUGUAGAAGGUGUUGAAGAUAACCCAAUAGACCUUAAAUGCUUAGAAUAUAAAGAAAAAAAUGAUGAAUGCGACUUAUCUAGCCCUUGCAUACCAAAUUUUUAUUGUGCGCUCACUGAGAAUGCAGGGAUUUGUAAACCGAAAAAAAAGUUAGGAGAAAGCUGCACUCAAUUUAAUGAAUGUGCGUCUGGGUCGGUUUGUGAUAGCAAAAAAUGCAUUCCAAAUUUCUCUAUAGAAGCAGGGAAGCCUGCAGACUCAAAAGUAGCUUGCAAGUCUGGAAUAAUUAGAAGUGGGAUUUGUAAAAAGCCAUCAAUUUCGAUUGGAGAGCUGCCAGUUGAAUGCAAAAGUAAUAAUGACUGUAAUAGCACUGAUGGGACAUUAAGUGAAUGUGUCUGUGUGCCAGGGCUAAAAGGGCAGGCUUAUUGUAGGCUUCAUAAUAGUGAUAAGCCUAUGCUUCAAGCUGUUGAGCUGAUUUACAGUGGAGAUAUCAUGGAUGGAACAAUAUCGUUAUACGAAGCCUUAAAUUAUCCUCUGCUUCAAUAUGCUGAUGAAUGCUUGAAAAAUGACGCAAAAGAAAUGAAAAUGUACCAGAAACUUAAAGAGCUCAAAAGUACUUGCGAAGGAAGACUUUUAGGGCUUUCAAUCAUUUUAUUGAUUUUAAGUUAA